AUGCGGGUAAACCAGCCCCCCCUCCCCACUCACUACGGGUCAAUAAGCCGAGGCCGCAUUACCACACAUGCGCAAUGUCUCGAGCCUGCCUUCAGCCCUCAGUCCCUUAGAAAGGCUAGGAGCUUUCUUCCGCCAGGCUUUCAAACUCCCGCCUCACUAAUACCCGCAUCCUGCUGCCUGGGGCCGCGCAGGCGCAGGAAGAAAGGUUAUUCUGAGCCGGGCUCAGCGCCUCUCGGGCGCUGCUCGGGCUGACGUUAGCCAGGCAGUUGCAGGGACACAACGCGUCUUCUGGCCUGGACCGGCGGCCGCAGCACGGAGGCACAGGAGCGCAUCGAGCCGGCGGAGGCAGGCGGCGGCGCCGCCGCCCCCCCGGCCGCUGCUCCCCCGGCGCCACCGCUCACCCUACUGGUCAUGCAGCCCUGCGGCGGGCCAGAGGAGGCGCCGGCGGGCGCCAUCCUGCGGCCGAUCCCCGCUCCGGCGGCCUCGUCGACCCCGAUCCCGGGGGGCGGCAGCGCCGCCGGCAACCUCACGCCCCUGUGUGAAGUGGCAGGAGAUGCCGAGGACGAGGCCGCCGAGGACGAGGCGGACCUGCUGGACACCUCCGACCCUCCGGGGGGUGGCGAGAGCACCGCCAGCCUGGAGGAACUGGAGGACGAGGAGACGCACUCGGGCGGCGAAGGCGGCCGGGCGUCCGCCGGGGCCGCGGGCGGGGGCGAUGAGGGCAGCGUGAGCAAAACGUGCAUCUACGAGGGCUGCAGCGAGACCACGAGCCAGGUGGCCAAGCAGCGCAAGCCGUGGAUGUGCAAGAAGCACCGCAACAAGAUGUACAAGGACAAGUACAAGAAGAAGAAGAGCGAUCAGGCCUUGAGCUUGGCCGGCACCGGGGCCGCCGCCGGCGGAGGCUCAGGGGGCGGCAGCGCCGGCAGCGUCAAGCUCGAGGAAAGCACAGACGGCUCAGCAUCCACUGGAAAACAAAGGAGUGGUUCUAUUGGAGAUCGUCCUGCAAGACCUUCUCUCUUAGAGCAAGUGUUAAAUCAAAAACGGCUGGCACUAUUAAGAAGUCCAGAAGUUGUACAGUUUCUGCAAAGACAGCAACAGCUACUAAAUCAACAAGUUUUAGAGCAGAGACAACAACAACAGUUUCCUGGAGCAUCAGUGUAAAGGGACUAAUUGAGGCUGUCCACAGGUUUAGUAUUUCACUGUACUGGCCGAAGAUAUUUUUAUAUUGAAGAGAAAUAGGUUAUAACAGUCAAGUAGAACACAUGCAUAUGAUUGUCAUAAAACCUUUUCCUAGAAAUACAUAUAUUUGUUUUUUGUGAUGAGUUCUAGACUUUGUGGGAAUCUGGAUUUUGAAGAAAUCUGGUUCUUUCUUAUAUUUCCAAAACUUCAUUGUUUUAAAAACGUUUUUCAACUUUAAUUUUAAAAAUACCCCAAAUCUCCCAACAAGUUAUCAGGCAAAAGAUCAUAAAUAUGGUCAUUCUUAAGUUUAUUAUUAAUGAAGGAAAUGAGAUAGUUACUUUCUGUGGAAGUUGUGAAAGUAAUAGAUAUUGAUCUUGAACUGUCUAGCCACUGAGUGUGGCAAGAUAUAGCUUGGACAUUCAGGAGGCCUGGGCUCAGGAAUAACCUUCUUUAUGCUUUUCUACACAUUUAAACCUGGAGUUAAUAAGGAAGCAAAUAUAGUGUGCGUGUAUACUAUAUGUAGGAAGAAGGGUAGUAAUUAUCAGCUGUUCUAUGAGACUGACGUGUGCCCCCAUCUUCAUAAAUGUCCUACUGUAACAAGAAGAUGAUUUCAUGAAAGAAAUUGGAAUGAAGAAAAUACAGAAGAAACUGCUUGAUUACAUUACCUAACACCACAUUGUCUAUUGCAUGUCAGGUAUUAAAUGUGAUCUCUGUGGAAGCAGGUAUUCUGAAGUGCAGAAUGUAUAGUGAGUGGAGAUUGUAUCUGAUUCACUGUGUUCACCAAUUCCCUGAUAAAAUUGGCACUGAUUUUAUUAUCACUCAUUUUUUUCAUUGGAAAACUCUGAGAAAAGGAGGAAGAACUCCCUGUAUGUUGUGAAUUAUUAAAAAACUAUCGAGCCAUUUCAAGAUGGUUACUAUUGAAUAGAUGCCCAAAGAAUGAAGUGACGUACUGUAAUCUUUUCUUCUAAGAUAACAAAACUCAAACAUAUCUAAUCAUAGCACCCAGAAGAAUGUCAGAGUCAAAUGUGUACCCAGCUGGGUUGUGUGGAAGCAUGUUUGUCGUUUGUAAGAUGGUUUUUAAGCCACGGCCUCUACAGACAAAGCUCUCUGAUAAGCAUUCAAAGAGCAUUCUAAUUCAGUUUAUGUGUAUGGGCUUUAUAACUAUAGAUUGGUGCAAAAAAUAAUAAAAUAAAAAUUUGUGUACUUUUGAGUUGUAAUUUA